AUGGCAACUCUCAACCACACCUCCCAGAAAUUCUCGCUCAAUACCGGGGCCCAGAUCCCGGCCAUAGGGCUCGGAACAUGGAAGUCGCCGCCAGAUCAAGUUCGCACAGCAGUCAGCCACGCGAUCAAGAUAGGAUACCGACACAUUGACACAGCUCUCAAUUAUCAGAAUGAAGUUGAGGUUGGCCAAGGCAUCCGAGACUCCGGAGUCCCGAGGGACCAGAUCUGGGUGACGACUAAGCUUGACAAUCCAUGGCAUCACAGGGUCCGAGAAGGGUUCGACAAGUCCCUAAGCGACUUGGGGAUCGACUACAUCGACCUGUACCUUGUACACUUCCCUUGCUCAACCGACCCGAACGAUCCUUCCAAGCAUUUGCCGGAUUGGGAUUUCGUGAAGACAUGGCAAGAAAUGCAGAAGCUGCUGGAUACAGGCAAAGUCCGAAACAUUGGCGUGUCAAACUUCCAGAUUCGCCAUCUUGAGAAACUGCUCACCGACCCAUCCUGCAAGGUGGUUCCAGCGGUGAAUCAGAUCGAACUUCACCCGGGCAAUCCAUCCCCUAAAUUGUUGGAGUAUUGCAUGUCAAAAGGUAUUCACUGCACAGCUUAUUCUUGCCUCGGAGGUGCCACGGACAACCCGCUCUACAAGGAGCCAGUACUGGGUCAAAUAGCCCAUGCUAAGGGAAAAAGUCCUUCUCAGAUAUUGUUGAUGUGGGGUCUCCAACGAGGUACCAGCAUCAUUCCCAAGAGUGUGACACCUUUGAGGAUCGAGGAGAACUUCGCGUUGGAUGGCUGGGAGCUCACCAAGGAUGAGAUGGAAGCCCUGAGCGGUAUCAAGACCCGCUUCAAGGUCGUCAACGAUUCGUGGAUGCCUAUCAAGGUCUUCUUCGGGGAUGACGAAUAA